CAGUGUCUGGGUUGUUGUUCCCCGGGGUUCCACUAGAUGUCCUCCUUCUCACGGUGUCUGUCCCAGAUCACUUCCUGUUCCCUUAUAUGGUCACCUUCCUCCUUGUUAUGUGAUUGAUUGUUCACCCCACCUGUCUCCUGUUUCCCAAUUAUCCUUCUGUGUAUAAAUACCCAGUCUGUCUUAGUCUAUGUUACGGAGUCCUUGUCUGAUGUCAUUGUGUUUCAGGUCCAUCAGUCUUGCUUUGUCUUACCCUAUGUGUCUCAUUCUCUCGUUCCACCAGACUUCCUCUACCUUUCCGUUCUUCCGAGUUCCCCGUUUCAUCCGGUUCCCUUUUUGUUUGAUUUGUCUCUCAUGACUGUUUAUUUUGUAUUUACCCCUCUGUUUAAAUAAAACCCUUACCUGCAUUUGGAUCUACCCUCUCUUUGUGUUUUUCCCCAAUACCUAUCGUGACAGAAGGACUCCGUCAUGCCUAGAUCCAGCGGUGUGGGAUUUCGAAUCGGUUCCCCAGCCACCAUGGAGGAACGGAGGGGGAGAUACCAGAACUUAAUCACCCUUCAUCAAGAGGGAAGUGAGGUGGGUGGCCUGGCGCAAUUGUUUUGGACUAUGGCAGUCGGGCUAGGUUACAAUGAUGCAGCACUAAAGGAUUUAUUUAAUAAUUGCCUGGAUGAUCCUUUACCUUCAUGGGAGAUGAAGGGGUUAGAGAUACUGGACUUUUGGGGGUUUACCAAUUACCUGCACCAUCGUGCCCAGUGGGAUGCAACAACCACACCAGAGUGUCCAGACAAGGCUGCCAGCUCAGCCCCACAGCACAAGAUGGGCGCCAGCCCAACCCCACAGCACAGGAUGGCCGCCAACCCAGCCCCACAACCCAAGAUGGCCACCAACCCAGCCCCACAGCCCAAGAUGGCCGCCAACCUAGCGUCACAGCCCAAGAUGGCCGCCAGCCCAGCACCACAGCACAAGAUGGCCGACUCAACGCCACCGACUCCCCAUCGUAGAGGGCGGAGGAGGAGACAGGCAGCUGCUGUUCCCGAGGCGGAGCCCGAGGCAGUUCCCGAGGCGGUGCCCGAUGCAGUUCCCGAGGCGAAGCCCGAUGCAGUUCCCGAUGCAGUUCCCGAGGCGGUGCCCGAUGCUGUUUCCGAGGCGGUGCUCGAUGCAGUUCCCGAGGCGGUGCUCGAUGCAGUUUCCGAGGCGGUGCCCGAUGCAGUUUCCGAGGCGGUGCUCGAUGCAGUUCCCGAGGCGGUGCCCGAUGCAGUUUCCGAGGCGGUGCCCGAUGCAGUUCCCGAGGCGGUGCCCGAUGCUGUUCCCGAGGCGGAGCCCGAUGCUGUUCCCGAGGCGGAGCCCGAUGCAGUUCCCGAGGCGGUGCCCGAUGCUGUUCCCGAGGCCGAGGUCGUUCCCGAGGCGGUGCCCGAUGCAGUUCCCGAGGCGGAGCCCGAUGCUGUUCCCGAGGCGGAGCCCGAUGCUGUUCCCGAGGCGGAGCCCGAUGCAGUUCCCGAGGCGGUGCCCGAUGCUGUUCCCGAGGCGGAGCCCGAUGCAGUUCCCGAGGCGGUGCCCGAUGCUGUUCCCGAGGCCGAGGUCGUUCCCGAGGCGGUGCCCGAUGCAGUUCCCGAGGCGGAGCCCGAUGCAGUUCCCGAGGCGGAGCCCGAUGCUGUUCCCGAGGCGGUGCCCGAUGCUGUUCCCGAGGCGGUGCCCGAUGCUGUUCCCGAGGCGGUGCCCGAGGUUGUUCCCGAGGCGGUGCCCGAUGUUGUUCCCGAGGCGGUGUCCGUUACAGUUCCCGAGGCGGUGACCACAAGGCCGUGGUGGUCUUCGGCUCCGCCCUGGGAGACUCUGGCGGUGACCACGAGGACGUGGUGGUCAUCCGCUCCGCCCUGGGGGACUCUGGCGGUGACCACGAGGACGUGGUGGUCGUCCGCUCCACCCUGGGGGACUCUGGUGAUGACCAUGAGGACAUGGUGGUCUUCUGCUCCGCCCUGGUGGACUCCGGCCUCGACCACAGAGACGUGGUGGUCUUCCGCUCCGCCCUGGAGGGUUUUGACUUUGACCACAAGGCCAUGGUGAUCUUCCGCUCCGCCCUGGAGGGCUCUGGCCUUGACCACACGGCGGUGGUGGUCAUCUGCUCCGUCCUAGUGGACGCCUCAACAUGUCCUUCAUGGACUUAUGUUUUGUGUUUUUUGAGUUCUGUUUCUGUCUGUUCCUUUUUGUUUAGUCUGGCCCUCCGUCCCUCCCCCUGUACCUCCUCCGGUCCUCCUCCCUCCUGGUCUCCCGGUUUUAUGUAUCAUUUCUGGUGUUUGUUCCCCUUGUGUUCCUUUUCUGGCCCUCCGUCCCUCCCCCUGAGCCUCCACCUGUCCGCCUCCCUCCUGGUCUCUGUGUCAUGUUUUGUCUUUAAGCGUCUGGUAGCCGCUCCGUAGAGGGGGGGUACUGUCACAGUGUCUGGGUUGUUGUUCCCCGGGGUUCCACUAGAUGUCCUCCUUCUCACGGUGUCUGUCCCAGAUCACUUCCUGUUCCCUUAUAUGGUCACCUUCCUCCUUGUUAUGUGAUUGAUUGUUCACCCCACCUGUCUCCUGUUUCCCAAUUAUCCUUCUGUGUAUAAAUACCCAGUCUGUCUUAGUCUAUGUUACGGAGUCCUUGUCUGAUGUCAUUGUGUUUCAGGUCCAUCAGUCUUGCUUUGUCUUACCCUAUGUGUCUCAUUCUCUCGUUCCACCAGACUUCCUCUACCUUUCCGUUCUUCCGAGUUCCCCGUUUCAUCCGGUUCCCUUUUUGUUUGAUUUGUCUCUCAUGACUGUUUAUUUUGUAUUUACCCCUCUGUUUAAAUAAAACCCUUACCUGCAUUUGGA